AUGCCGCCCAGAGUAGGCAAUAGAAAUCGGGGCCGUGUUGUUUGUACAACUGGAUUAGCUGAUAUUGGUCGACCUCAUAGGGAUCCUACAGUUACACCUCCACCUCUAGAUAGGAUGGCAGAUCAUGUUUUGCUUGGGAGCGGAGAAGGGCAUGGAGAUUCUGCUUCUCAUGGUGUUGAAUCAAGAACAUAUCCGGCUGCACCUUCAUUUCCUUCAGCACCUGCAGUUGCACCUCCUGUCGCACCUGCAGCUCCACCUCUUGUUCCACCUGUAGCACCAGCUAAUCCUUUUCAGAUAAAUGCCGACUUGGGUGCUUUUGUGGCACAAGUAGUUACAGCAGCUGUUACAGCCAAACCUAGAGAUCCGUGGGAGAUAGUGGAUCGUGCUAGACGUUUGGGAGCUUAUGAUUUUGAGGGUUCUUCUGAUGCUGACAUUGCAGAUAAAUGGUUAAAGAAAGUACUAAAAGUGUUUGAAUUAAUGAAGGUGACUGAUGCAGAUAAAGUAGAUAAUGUACAUGGAUUGCUUCAGGGUAAAGCUGAUGACAUACUGCCUUCUGAGGAAGCUAAAUGUGACAGAUUCAGACAGGGUCUACAUGUUAAUAUCAGAUCAUCUAUGACCUGGUUCAGAGGUAAUAAUUUCAGAGAGUUGGUGGAAGCAGCUUUGAAUGUUGAGAAAGUUAAGCAAGAAGAAAAAGAGUAUGAGCAGAGGAUGAGUAGAAAACAUAUGCAGGGUUCACAGGGGUUCAGAGAAAGACCAGCUAAGAGAGGGAGCAGUUCAUUUCAGUCCCAAGCUGGAUACAGAGGUAGUGGUAGAGGUUCUUUUGUUAACACAGAGCAGCAGGUUGCUCGACCACAAUCUAGUCAGAGUUUAGUAGCACAGCCAGUGGGUAGUUCCUUUGGGGCACAGACACGUGGGCAAGGAUAUAAUUCUGGGUUUGAGCAAAGGAAGAGACAUUUUCCUCAAUGUGCCACCUGUGGUAAAUAUCAUGCUGGGGAGUGCAGAAAAUUCGAUAGGGGUUGUUUUGAAUGUGGCUCUUCGGGGCAUUUUAAGAAAGAUUGUCCAUUGCUGAUAGCCAGAGACAGUGGUUCUCAGCAAGGGUCAGUGGCACCUCAGAAUCUAAAGUAUGGUAUGACACCAUCACAGGGAGUACCCAUGGCACGAGUUGGACCAAGCACAAGCAGAGCCAGUGGAGCUACUUCAUCUUCUCAGCCUAGACCAAUGAUGCAACCUGGCAGACCUCGCACUCAAGCUAGAGUUUUUGCUAUGACACAGCAGGAGGCACGAGCAUCUCCAGAAUUGGUGACUGGUAUGUUAACUAUUUUUAAUAAAGAUGCGUACAUUCUUAUAGAUCCUGGUUCCACUCACUCUUUCAUAUCUCAAUCCUUCUCUAAGCAUGCUAAUAGAGAAUUAAAACCCUUAGACUGUGGAUUAGCUAUGAGUACUCCAGUUGGGGAUUCUGUAGUAUGUGAACAUGUGUAUAGGGAUUGUGUUGUUAAGUUGGGUGACCAUGAGUUAUUAGUGGAUCUGAUUCCUUUGUGUCUACAAGAUCUAGAUGUCAUCCUAGGUAUGGACUGGUUAUCCCGUCAUCAUGCCACAAUAGAUUGCUUUGAGAAAUCAGUGGUAUUUAAUAGUCCAGAAGGGUCCAAGUUCACUUUCUUUGGGGAGAGGCGUUUACUUCCUUCUUAUGUGAUUUCGGCCAUGACCACUAGGAAGAUGCUUCGGAAGGGUUGUCAAGCAUAUUUAGCCUAUGUGGUGGACAGUAACCUAGAAGGACCUAAAUUGGAGGAUAUACCAGUAGUAAACGAGUUUCCUGAUGUAUUUCCUGAAGAACUUCCUGGGUUGCCUCCAGAUAGAGAGAUUGAAUUAUCUAUUGAGUUAAAUCCAGGUACAGCUCCUAUUUCUAUGGCACCAUACAGAAUGGCUCCGGCAGAACUGAAAGAGUUAAAAGCACAAUUGCAGGAGCUACUUGAUAAAGGUUUCAUCAGACCCAAUGUUUCACCUUGGGGAGCCCCUGUGCUAUUUGUGAAGAAGAAGGAUGGUUCCUUAAGAUUGUGUAUUGACUACAGACAAUUGAAUCGAGUUACUGUGCGAAAUAAGUAUCCUUUACCUCGCAUUGAUGAUCUUUUUGAUCAACUCCAAGGUGCUAAAGUAUUCUCUAAGAUUGAUUUGUGGUCUGGGUAUCAUCAAUUGAAGAUCAAGGAGUCUGAAAUACCUAAGACAACCUUCAGAACUCGUUACGGGCAUUAUGAGUUCCUCUAUAUUCUCGUAGCAAGGAAGAGCAUGAGAUGCAUUUACGGAUAG